UCCUGCAUGGCUGGUAUUCUUUGGCAGAGCCUCUGUUCUGUUCUUAAUAGCCAGGCUUUCACGCCUUCCUUUCUUCAGUUUCAUUCUGCCUUGGAUGCACUUAAACACACGGCUCUGGAUAUUUUCUCAGAAACUCCCAGAGAGCGAAGACGAUGACUUCAAUGGGGAUGCAGAUGGCGGGCUGCGCUCUCGGCCUCUUUGGCUGGAUCGGGGUGAUCAUCGUCUGCGCCGCGCCCAUGUGGCGGGUCUCUGCUUUCAUCGGCAGCAACAUAGUGACUUCACAGAUCAUAUGGGAGGGCAUCUGGAUGAACUGUGUGGUCCAGAGUACAGGCCAGAUGCAGUGCAAGGUCUACGACUCCAUGUUGGCUCUGAGCACAGAUCUCCAGGCGGCCCGGGCUCUGGUGGUUGUCUCCAUCGUCACAGGCAUCGUGGGGCUCCUCAUCGCCUUCGCUGGUGGAAAGUGCACCAACUUCAUUCCGGAGCAGAGGGCCAAGGCGAGGGCCUCGGUGGCCGCAGGCGUGAUGCUGAUCAUCAGUGGAUUCCUCUGCAUCAUCCCCGUCUCCUGGACUGCCAGCGUGCUCGUAAGGGACUUCUACAACCCCAUGCUGGUGGACGCCCAGAAACGAGAGCUCGGGGCCUCUCUUUACAUCGGCUGGGGCGCCGGGGCUCUGCUGGUGCUGGGAGGGGGGCUGCUGUGUGCCACCUGCCCUCCCAAGGAAGAUAGCACCCCGUCUGUGAAGUACCUCCUGAACAAGCCAGGAGGAAACAGCAAAGUGGAUUCAUUUCGAUCUCUCACACCAACCAAGACGUACAUUUGAAGUCUGGUUCCUGACUCUUGUCUUUGAGAAGAAACAGAAUCUUGGAGUUUAUUCGAGAAACAUUUGUGGACGUUUAUGAAACAUGAAGAAAACGGACAAGAUGAAGGAAAUCUGAACUUUAUCGUCAUGAAGGAAUCAAACUGUGAAGAUUUCUUUAAAUCUGAAUGUUACUCAUGACAUCCUCUGUACACGGGAAUAAUUUCAAGUAUAGAAAGUAUGUAUACAGGUUUGGGAAUUGAUUUGUUUCAGCACUAUGCAACUUUGGAUAUUCAUGGUUCUAUUUUUCACA